AUGAAAUCACCAUCUUUAAGCUUACUGCUCUCUGGAGUCUUCUUAGGGUACAUAGCUUACUCUAUUUACACACUUUCGUUGUUAUUUGUACCGCCUCCAUGCGUCAAGGGUGAAACCUGUCUCACCUCACUUUUGCAUACCAAGCCAAAGCUGGGGCUUCAUAUGUAUGUCUCGACGAUGAGCCGUCCUCUCCAAAAAGAACUUAUUCAUGUAUAUUCUGAAGGGAUAUUUGAUUACUCGUAUGCACAUGAUAUGCAAGUAACAUUGCCAAUACCCCGCAAAACUCGAGAAAAUGGAACGCUAUUUCUACAUCUACUUAUAACACCACAUACUGUAAAACAUGGUGGCACAUACAACGAAGUUAUCAAGGAUCCAACAACAGUUUAUACUAGGAUAAAAAUGACUCAGUAUGUAGUACCUGAAAUUGCAGCGUUCAAUUUAUUGGGCGAUGAAAAAUCUAAGAAAAAUACAGAGCGCUUAAUGAAACCUGUUUCGCAUUUAAAAAGCCAAGUUACUUUCACAAUGAUAACAGACAAUAUAAAAUUGCCUGCACACAACUUACCAUUAGAACUUGCAAGGGACAUAAGCAUAACACGAGAUGGAAUGUACUUGCCAAUCGUGAACUACGAUUUUCUCCAAACUCGGCAUAGAGAUUUGGUGAAAAUAUCACCACAAAAUGAUACCAUGAAUGUUACUGUAUUUUACACACCUAUUUCAAUUGGGAAAUUGAGAUUAAUAUUGCAUGUAGAGGCUGCUAUGCAGGGACUGAAAGGUCUGGGUUUUUCGGACAAAGACGUUGACGAAGUUAAGGGCAUUUUUGCUGAUACUAAUGUGUACCUUCUAGGUGGAACAAUUUUUAUUGCUGCAGUACACCUUUUAUUCGACUUUCUUGCAUUUAAAAAUGACGUCAGUUUCUGGCGUGGCAAAAAUAAUUUAGCAGGGUUGAGUGUGCGAACUGUAGUUUGGCGAGCUUUUAGUCAAGCGGUCAUAUUCCUGUACCUUCUUGACGAACAAUCGUCUAUGCUUGUUCUUAUUCCCGCUGGUAUCGGUACAAUCAUUGAGUUCUGGAAAUCCAAAAAAAUAUUGAGGGCCGAAUUUGUUACUGGCCAAGGCUGGUUACCACGAAUUAAAUUCGAAAAGAUUGAAUCCAGCUCUGCUGAAGAAAGAACACGUAAAUUUGAUGCUGAAAGUAUGAAGUAUCUGUCCUAUCUUUUAUAUCCUUUAGUUACUGGUGGAGCAGUGUAUUCGUUACUGUACCAACCUCACAAAAGCUGGUACUCGUGGAGCAUAAAUUCCUUGGUGAACGGCGUGUAUGCCUUUGGCUUCCUCUUUAUGCUUCCACAAUUAUUUGUGAAUUACAAGCUCAAGUCAGUUGCUCAUUUACCAUGGAGGGCAUUUAUGUAUAAAGCAUUUAACACUUUUAUUGAUGAUAUUUUUGCAUUUAUCAUAACAAUGCCGACUGCGCACAGAGUCGCGUGUUUCCGUGACGAUGCUGUAUUCUUAGUCUACCUCUACCAGAGAUGGCUUUAUCCGGUUGACAAAUCUCGUAGAGAUGACGCAGUUUCAAUUGAUGAAACACCAAUGGAGCAUGCAAUGUAUGACAAGAAGAAAAAUUAGUACAAAUGUUGAUCGUUAAUUAAAGAUAUUAUUAAUUGUUUAUUUAUUAUAUUUCUUUCAAUUCAUUUUACUAACAAUAUGAAAAAUUAUAUUACCACAAUGUGAUACUAAGAUAAACUCUAGUGCACACUUGACAUUCCGCGAUUGUUCGAAUCAGUAAUAUUAUAUUAUGAAAUAGUUCUAAUUUACAUUUGUUGGUAACAUAUCGAUUUUGUUAAGGAAAUACAUAGAUAUAUAUUUAUUCUAAAACUUGACAAGUGGUGACUAAAAGUAAAGAAGGCUUUGAUAUUAAUAUGUACGUUAAGGUUGUGGUGAAGUGAUUUUUAAACAUCUAAAAUAAGAAAUUCCUUAAGGUUCCCAUUACAUAGAUAUGAUGCUAGCUAUCAAUUUGCAACGUCGAUAGUUAUUUAGAGACCUAGUGACGGUGAGAUAAAAAAUUAUCACCGUCUCAUAGUUUCAAGACUUUACAUAGGAAGUCUGGAAGUUUAUCACAGGUUUAACUUAGCUGAAAAUAAUUAAGAAUGUACAAGUUAGUGUGGUAGUUAAAUGCAGGCCCAUCAUAUGACAUUACUUUAUGGCCUUACUGCCGUAUUAGAAAUAACUGAUUUGUAACCAACGUUAGUUGUCAGUUGAAUAAAUUGUUCCACAACGA